AUGGACGGGGCCAAGUUUUUAGAAAUGCGAAAGCAGAUUGAGGAAAACAACCAAGAUAUACAGGACUUCCUUGGUGAUAUGAAUCAAUGGCGAUCAUGUGUUGAGAAAAAAAAUGCUAAACUGCGGGCUGAGGCAGAUACACCAAAGGAUCUGCCAUUAGUUCGCAAUAUUCUCCACAAGAAAAAAAGAAAAAAGGUUAAUCAAACAGCUGCUCCCAAAAAUUCAUCGGUGGCCAGUGCACCUCAGCGAAUUAAAUCCUACGAUUAUAAGGCCUGGGAUUCCUUUGAUGUUGAUAAGGCAUUAGAAGAUUUGGACAAGCCCGAAAUUCCUCAGCCUUCUGAGGAGAGUGAAACUGAUGACGAAUGGGAAAAUGAAAGGCGCUUAAGGCUUUCAGAUGUCGAAAAGGAGCAGGGGAAUCUCCGUUUUAAGGAAGGAAAAUACGAAGAGGCGAUUGAGCACUACACCACCUCAAUUCAGCUUGCUCCAGAGCUUCCGCUUCUCUACACAAAUAGGGCGCUGGCCCUCUACAAGUUGGAACGCUUUGCUUCCGCCGAAACUGACUGUUCCAUGGCACUAUCUCUCAACCCGAGGCUGGUAAAAGCUCUCUACCGCACGGCGUGUUACACUUCGCGCUAUCAACUCGAGGUGUACAAGUUUAUCCAGGACUUGCGAUUGAUGGUCUACGCUUCUAUCCUUUCUUCCCAUAAUGUCACUCGACUUGCCUUUUUGACGAGAAGGGCUCAAUCCCGACGAGCCCUGGGCAAAGACGCCGAGGCUGUGGCUGACUUGAAACGUAUUCUGGACAUUGAACCACAUAACUCUACCGCUCUGAAAGACCUCCGUAUUUGGACCGGCGACUCAGAUCUGCGCGCCGGUUCGGUAAACUCUAUCUUCAAGCUUGUUGACAUUGAGAAGGCAGCAUCGGCCGACUUACACCGUGUUCAAAUCUCUGAAGUUGGUACUGAUCAUGGGCCAAAGCCUUCUGGCGACGCUGAUCAGAAAAGACCACAGAAUGCCGAUUUUGUGUCCGAACCUUCUCCAGGCGUUUCAGGCGGAGGCCAUCGCGAUAUUCCCCAAGCCACACCCUCGGCUGUGACACCUAUGCGAAUAUCUCCAACGUUCCCGAAGUGUCCACCCACUAAUUGGUUCCAAAUGGAUCGUGAUUUAAGAGAACUAGUCCCAUCUGGCCAGACCCUCACUCCAAUCGCUGUUGAAUACUUGUGUUCAAUAGAACCCGCGAAUUAUUCCACAGUUAUUGGACAAAACCUUGAUUCCUUGUGCCUUGGUCGUCUGUUGUCGGCCAUCAGUCUGAGUCCGACCCUGAGUUCGGUGCAGAAGGCAGAACGUUUGGCGGCAUUAGCUAAGCUGCCAAGGUUUGACGUAGCCUGGUUGCUUGCAGAAGAUGCUGAUCGCGAGAAGGUUGAAAAUCUGCUUCGCGAAGUAUCGCCUGAAAAUUCUGACCUUCUCAAAAGGUCAUUUAUUUAA